UCUCACUCUUUCCCUUUGCUAAAACCCUCAAACCUAAAACCCCUUGCAACAAGAAUGGCAUCAUCACUUCAAAUCCACCAUUUUCCUCAAGAUUACUACAUUGAUUCCCUACGUUGGCUUCCUCAACUCUCCACAUUCCACCAUCACAUCAUCCUUGCUUCUUUCCAUUCCGACUCCUCCACUUGUUCCCUCCGACUCCUCAACUUUACUGACGAAAAUUCAACCUCAAAUGCACCAGAACUCACCCUUCAGUGCUCACUAACAACCCCAUCAAGAAUCACUUCAUUGAAAACUUCACAAAAUUCCAGUAAACCCCUUGUUGUUGCUGCCACUUUUUCGGGUGAACUGCUGGUUUAUACAGCUGAUUUGGUUAAUGGGUCGUUGGAAUUUGUCGAUUUGGUGAACGGUUUAGGGAGGGUGAAGGGGAUUGACGUGAGUGAAAAUGGGUUGGAGUUUGUGAGUGUUGGAGAAGAUGGGAGGGUCAAUUGGGUGGGUUUGGAUGGAGGGAAAUUGAGUAAGAGGAGGGUUUUUGAUAGUAAUGGGUUGGUUUCAUAUGGCGCGGUGAAGUGGGCGUCUCCGGUUGAGUUUGUGAGUGGUGGAUUGGGGUUUGGACUACAAUGGUGGGAUCAAAGGCGUCCUGGUGGACCUGUAUCGCAGUUUAAGGCGAAUUGG